UGCAGUGUUACCUGUUCAGUUUUCUCAAUUAUAACUUUGUUUUUUAUUGCAAAACAUUUAUCUACCUGCUUCUGAGUUUGGAUAUUCAGUGAAUGGAAUAUCAUUUCUUUGCACCUGUCGUGAAAACAUUGUCGUGUAUUGUGAAAUACAAAUAGAAUCACCUUUGAUGACAGUCUCACAGCUGAGCUUCGAUUGAAGGGAAUAAGUAACUUUGUCGAGAUUUUUAUCAAUUAGCAUAUUUUUUUCUCUUAAUGUAUUCGUGGCGUGUGUAUCGACCUACCGGCUUUGUAUGUUCCCAGAGAGGGAAGCGUUUGGAAAUGUCGGAAGAGCCUCAAAGGAAUUAGUAGAUUUGACUAAAAUUAGUCUUGGCUUGUGACAUCUGUGCGAAAAAUGUCCCUCUUGGGGUACGUGGAGUGAAACUCAAUUAAGGGGGAGCGCUUACGAACUCUGUCCGUAUCACACUCCUGUAACUCCCCGUUUUUGACGCUUUUAAUCAACUGAAACGCAAAAAAGUGUGGCUCUUCCAAAGGAACAGCUGCCUACUGGCAGGUGUGUAAAAACAUCUGUAGCGUUUCUUGGUGAUAAGGACUUUAAACAUAGCUAGAUCUGCAUGGUGAUGGAAUCACGCAGAACCUAAGACAAGUCCCUGCUAUCAUGCAAACACAACUGAAUUUAAAGAAGGAGAUUGUGUUUUUCGAAGAUUUAUUUCAUUUCAAUGUGGAUUUUUUCACGAUGAAUUCUGACUAAUGGUUUAUACCUUGAACGGCUAUUGGCUGCUCUAAAUUGGCUGUGGUACACAAAUAACUUAGCUCAACGAAAUGUACCGAAACGACGUGAAGAAAGUUCGAUUCUUUCGAGAUGGCGAUGCAAAUUUUUCGGGUGUUAGUAUCGCAAUAUCGAGAAACAGGUAUCGCAAUUUCGAUUCGCUGCUCAACGAUCUUUCUCGCAAGGUGCCGCUGCCUUUUGGCGUAAGGACGUUGCACACGCCUGGAGGUGUUCAUCAUGUCUACGACAUUGAUCAGAUCGAAGAUGGAAAAGAUUACGUCUGCUCAACCUUCCAUUCUCGCCCUAUCAAGAGGCUGAAUUAUGCUGGGACUAGCCAUAAAGCAUCCUGGAAACCGACUCCUCGCAAAUCAGAUGUUUUUUACAAGAACGAGAAGCAAAACGAACCUAGCGAAAAACUGUUUCAGACUCGAAAUCUGAAGCCAAAAUCAAUAACGGUUAUCGCGAAGGAUGAUUCAUCAAAUAGAGCAAGGGUGAUCCUGAACAGGCGAACAGCUAUAACGUAUGAGAGUGUGCUGCAAACAGUUAGUGAUAUUCUACAGCUAAACAACGGACCGGUUAAAGAUCUUUUUACGAUUGAGGGAAAAAAGGUUGGAGGUAUUGCUGACCUCAUCCAUGGGCCAGAUGUCUUUGUCGCCGCUAGUAGAAGUUCGGGGACUGUAUCUGCGAGAAGCAUGCCUUCUAGGCUAGUAAAAAGCAAAAAGACAAAUUCAGGGCCCUUGCAAGUCUCUUCUAACUCGCAAAGCAAAAGUGCUGCUGGACCCACUCGCAGGGACAAAGCUUCGGUUAAAAAGUCGCCAUAUACACAACCAGUUUUCGCGAAAAAGAAGGAGUCCAAAGCUAAAGGGAAUUUGUUUAUUUUCACCGUAAAGACAAGUGCUCUUGAAGACGCUGGUACCAAAGGGAAGGUUGCUGUUGUUGUUUGUGGCUCUAAAGGCAGCACGGGGGAGCUGACUCUUGGGCCUCCAACCUCAAAAUGUUUUCAACCAGAAUCAAAUGAGGAGUUCGAGAUCAAUGUUGGCAAUAUUGGAAAAGUUAAGAAGAUACGGGUGAUGCAUUACGCCGAAAAUGACGAUGACACAGGCUGGCACUUAGAUGAAAUAUUGAUGACAAGUCUGGCCCGCUCCAGCGAAGAGUAUCUCUUUCAAUGCAAUCAGUGGUUUUCUAAAAAAGAUGAAGGUGACGUCACACUGUUGGAGCUGCCUGCAAUAGUGAAGAACAAACCAGUUGCAAAGGUGGUUGACUACGAAAUCACUGUGAUGACUGGGGAAUCACCCUCAGCUGGCACUGAUGCUAAUGUUUUUGUUGUCAUCUAUGGAGACGCUGGCGAUACUGGCAAACGCUGGUUGAAAAAUUCAAAAAGUUUUGGCGAACCUUUUGCUAAAGGAAAUAUCGAUGUUUUUGACGUAAAUGCAGUCAGUUUGGGAACUCUAACCAAAAUUCUUGUUGGCCAUGAUAGCGAAGGAAACACUCCAGGUUGGUUUCUUGAGAAAAUUAUCGUGAAGGAUCCAGAAGAAGGCAAGGAAUACUCUUUUCCUUGUCGAAGAUAUUUAGAUGAGGAUAUUGGAGAUGGCAAGACAGAAAUAACAAUUAAGGCAUCUGUUGUGUCAGAUACGCAGCUUACUCCUGAGCAACUGUGGAAAACAAGCAAGUGGAAGUUUGAGGACUCCAAUGAACUUACCCUGGUAUCUGUUGCUAAUGGAAACGUUCUACGAAUCGAAGAGAGCACAGGAGAAUGCGUGGCAGAUGAACAAGAACCUGAGAACUCUAUUUUCAAUGUAGCUAAAGGUGGUGAAUCAUCCUCGCGUGUUUUUACUGUAAGAACGAAGGAUCAUGACUUCAAUAUGACAUUGGAUGAUGGAACAGUCAGUGGGAGAAAGGGCAACCCAGGACUUCUUUCCGAGUUUUAUGUCAUCGUGGCUGAAGACAACAGCGUCACUCUUGAGUCUGUUGUUCAUAAAGGAGUCUUUGUAUCCAUAUCAGAAGAAGGAAAGGCCCAACCUGGAGAUAGCAGUCUUGGCAAAAGCAACAAAUUCAAUAUCUACGUCAAGGGCACAUUUCGUAAUCUUGGUCGUGUUAGAAUUAGGCCAUUCUUAAAGAACCAAGCUGUCAUUGAAGAAAAUGAGAACUUGUAUGGUGAUGGAGAGCCGGAAGAUGAAAGAGGUGAAUUCGUUGUUCACAAAACUGGUUCAGGGACAAGGGCAUUUCAAAGUGCAGUGACUGAUAAAUUUGUCAGCGUGACAGCUUCAGAAAUCUGUUGCAGAGGCGAGGACAAGAAUGAUGAGGAAUGCCAAUUUAGGGUCCACAAAGAUAGAAAACGGGGUGUUUUUCGCUUUGAGUCAGUCAAGAUGCCAGGGGUGUUCUUUGGUAUUUCAGCAACAGGAAGAGUCAAGCAUGCUGUUGAUGCCGGAGAUUCGAUUGCCAGUCUAAGUGUCGACAUUGUAUCACUUGGAGAAAGGCGUCAAGCUACAACGCCAGAUAACGAGCAUGAAGAUGUUGAACGGCAGGUUUCUUCCGAUGUUGAGCAGGCUUCGAGGAGGGGAUCAACUGCCUCGCACAGAUCUAAAGAAGAAGAUCCGGGAUACAAAGAUGAUGAAUUCGAAAAUGAAGAUUCUCGGUCAAUAUCGAGAGAGAGUGGAUCGAGAGCAUCAACCAGAGCUUCUUCACGGAGAAGUAGUGCUGCUUCUUCUAGGAGAGACAGUGGGGCUUCUAAGAAAAGUAGAUCAACAAGUCGGAGAACUGCAUCUCGAUCUGGCUCAGCGAUGUCCCGGAAAUCAAGUGCCGGUAAGGAAGAAGAAGAAAAAGAGAAACAUUCAGAAGAAGAUGAGAAUAACGAUGAUGAUGGGAAAGAUGCAGGCAGCAGACCAGGAACUGCAAAAUCGAAUGCAGAAGAUUAUUACAAGUCGGAAGAUGAUGGCUUUGAAAAUGAUUCUGAGAAUGAAAGAGAUGAAAAUAAGCCAGAAAGUGAAGAGAAAGAUGAUGAAUCAGGUGAAUAUAAAGAAAGCAAUGGGAGUAGAAAGAGCAGUGUUGAGCACUCUUCACCUGAGGAAGAUAAGAAUCAUUCAGGGGAUGAAGGGGACAAUGACAAGGCCGAGAGAGGGGCCGGGGAAGAAGAGGUGAAGUCCGAAAAGGACGCGGAAGUGCCAGAAAAUUCGACUCGUGCUGCUAGUGUUUCUUCAAGAAAAAGUUCAAGUCAUGAUCGUGAAGAAGACGAUCAAAAUCUACCGGAGAAGAGCAGCUCACGCCCCCAAAGCACUGCUUCUAAAUCUCAGAGUAGACCAACGUCCGCUAAGGGUAAUGAAAGACCAACAUCAACAUCUUCUACGAAAGACGAAGAAAGCAAAGAAGGUGAAGAAGGCACAGGAGAUAAGAAUGAAGAUUUGCUUGGACAAGAAGAUGACUUCAAGAAAUGGUCUUCAAGGUCGCCAAGUCGCAACUCGAUGGGUGAAGAUGCUGGCCCUGCAAGUAGACCAGGAUCGCAUCGUUCCUUGAGGGACGCUAGAGAAGAUAGUAAUGAUAAAGAUGGAAAACUUUCACGGCCAGGAAGUAAUACUUCACUUAAAAGUACGGAGGAUAAAGAAGAUGGAGGUGAUGAUAAGGCUUCAGUGCAUGAUGACGAUUUGGGAGAGCAAAAGGAAGAUAUUGGAGAUGAUCCAGAAAAUGUUGGGGCGAAUUCUUUGAAGGACGAAAAUGAGAAUGAAGAUAAGCCAAAUGUCAAAGACGAAGAAGAUGCAAAUGAACAGAAAAAUACUUCCAAAGAAGAAGAAGAAAUAGAAACAGGACCCCAGCCACAGUCAAUAGAAGGUGGCAAAGAAAAAGAAGAAGAAGAAGCAAAUGGAAAUGAAGAUGGAGAAAAGCAUGAAGAUGGAAAAAAUGGUGAAGAUCAGCAGCAAGGAGUCAAAGAAGCAACAGGUGCUGCCGAUAAAGAAGGUGAAGAAGGAAUUGAAGAUGAAAAAAAGCAUGAAGAUGACAAAAAUGAUGAAGAUCAGCAAGGAGUCAAGGAAGCAGCAGAUGCUGCCAAUAAAGAAGGUGAAGAAGGAAACGAAGAUGAAGAAAAGCAUGAAGAUGGCAAAAAUGGUGAAGAUCAGCAGCAAGGAGUCAAAGAAGCAACAGGUGCUGCCGAUAAAGAAGGUGAAGAAGGAAUUGAAGAUGAAAAAAAGCAUGAAGAUGACAAAAAUGAUGAAGAUCAGCAAGGAGUCAAGGAAGCAGCAGAUGCUGCCAAUAAAGAAGGUGAAGAAGGAAACGAAGAUGAAGAAAAGCAUGAAGAUGGCAAAAAUGGUGAAGAUCAGCAGCAAGGAGUCAAAGAAGCAACAGGUGCUGCCGAUAAAGAAGGUGAAGAAGGAAUUGAAGAUGAAAAAAAGCAUGACGAUGACAAAAACGAUGAAGAUCAGCAAGGAGUCAAAGAAGCAGGAGAAGCUGCCGAUAAAGAAGGCGAAGAAGUAAAACCGAGUGAUAAUACAGGACAGUUGGGUGAAGAUACCGAUGGAAAUAUAGAGAAUGAAUCAAAGGAGAAUGAAGAAUCAGAAUCCAAAAAUGAUAGCACAGCUGAAACUGUGGAGAAUAAACCUGGUGAGGAGGGUAAUAAGGAUAUUGAUAAUAAGGAUAGUGGCAGGAUAUCGAGGGAAAACAGUACCGCCAGCUUAAAGAAUGGAGUGUCUCGUAAAGGAUCCAGCAAGGCAGACAGCCGGCCGUCUUCUCAGAAAUCUAAAGCUGGAGUUUAUGAAGGACUUAUACGUGGGCAAUCUCCGCCCCAUUCUCGAGAAGGUUCUGCAUCAUCAUUACGAGGGAAGCGCUCAUCAUCAAGAGGCUCGAAUAAUUCGGCGAAAAGAAAGGAGAAGAAUGACGCAAGCAAGGUUGAAAUUAGUAAUAAACCUGCGAGCCCUGAUUUGGUCGAGCAAAGCAAGGAAGAAGAUGUCAAAGAGGAUAACAAAGAAGAUAAUAAGGAGUCUAAUGCUGAAAAGCCAAAUAUUGAAAAGGAAGAUGCUAGAGACAAGAAAGAAGCUAAUGAAAAUGACAAUGUAAAUGAAGAAGAUGAAUCCGUAAAGAAUGUUGACAAGGAGAAUGAUAAAAUCGAAGAUAAAGAAGGAGGCAAGAAAGAUGAAGAGACCCCAGAAAAAGAAGAUGACAGUGCCAACGGUACAGAUGAAAAGAAGAAUGAGAGCAAAGAUAUAAAGGAAGACCAAGAAGUCAAUGGCGUGGCCAGUGAUGGAAAUGAACCUUCCGCUGGAGACGGAAAUGAAAUAGAAACAAAGAGUAACGAAAAAGAAGAAAAGGAAAGCAAUGAGGCAGAGAAGCCUAUGGUGCAGUCUGAAACAAAGGAAGAGGAUUCAGCAGAGGAGAAAGGUAAAGAAGGGGAAGUAGGUGAUAAUGAAGAAGAGCAGCAAAAUGAAAAUGAAGGCAAUGAGUUAGGGAAGAGUGAUGACAGUGGUGGUACAGUAGAGGAAAAAACCAAAGAUGAGAAGAAUGACGAUGGAAUCUCGCAGAACAGUCAAGACGAAGAUGUAUUGAAUUUAAAUGAAAAUAAUGAAGGUAGUGAAGAGGCGCAAGGCGAUAAAUCUAGCAAUGAUGAGAAUAAGGAUCAGACAUCAGAUGCGAAUAAGCCAGAUGAUAAAGAUAAGGACAGUUCUGCUCAGAAUGAGAAAACCGGCGAUGGCUUGGUUGAAGGAGAGGCAGCAAAUCACGAGAAAAAGGAUGACGGAAAUGUAAAUUCUGAGAACGGGAAAGAGGGAGUAUCAGACCCUAACAAGGAAGAGGAAAGAAAGAAAGAUGAUGGUAUAAAUGAAGGGAAUAAUCCCAAAGAUGAAAUUGAGCAAAAUAAAGAUGGUAGUGAUGGACAGCCGGUCAGUAAAGAAGCAGCUGAUGAAUCACAGAAUGACAAAGAGGAUCAGGUAACCAAUUCAGAUGAGGGGCGAAAAUCAGGUACCAAUACUCCAACAAGCCUGCCAGCAAGCAAAAAUCAAACAGCUGCAAAUUCACCUAUCUUAUCGCCAACUCCUCCAAAGACACCGAGAAAUUCGUUAUCUGCAAGACGGCCUUCUUCACGACUUUCCAAUCCAAGUGGAUCAAAAGCUGAUCUGAGGUCAUCGACUAAGCCGUCAAAUGCUACUGAGGUAAAAGAUGAAGAACAUGCAGAAGACUUGAACGACUCUGUGGGCAAAGAAAACGCUGAGGUGAAAGAUGAAGAAAAGGCCGAAGACUUGAACAACUCAAAAGACAAAGACAGCGCUGAAGAAAAAUCUGAAGGAAAAGAAGCAGAAUCAAAUGAUUCAAAUGAUAUCAACAAGAAAGCUGUCAAUGAAGAGAAUGAAAGAAUGGAGGAGGGAAAGGAGGAUAAAGAGAGUUCAAAUGAAGGAGAUGCCGGUAACAAGACGGAGGAUGCAGAGCAAAAAGGCACUGACAAAGAAACAGAUGGGGACAGUGGAAGGUCUCUUGAGAAUGACAGUAAAAACGCAGAAAGUUCUGUAGAGCAUGAAAAAGACGCAGUUUUGAAUGAUAACAAAGGUGAAAAGGGUGACGCUAAGGAAACUGACGGAAAUCGAGAUAAUGCAAUUGAGAAUACAAAAAAGGAUGACAUAUCUAAAGGGGCGAGCAAUGUCACUGACGAAACACCACAGGAUGGAGCUUCGGAGGAGACAAAAAAUUAAAAAGACAUUUUGAAUUUUAAUUGCCACAUUCUAAUGAAGGAUCCAUCUCUUUUGAUAAUGUCAGCUGAGACUGAACAUCCAUUGGGCGUAGUCUAAUCAAAACAUCUCUUAGGCUGGUGGAAUUUGUAGAAUUGAAAAUGAAUAACUCAGGAGUAGAUGAGAUAUCGUAUCUAAAUUCAACGUAAACAGAAGGCAAUUUUGUAAUGUAAGAUCAGGGAUGACUGCGCGUUAUUAAGGCAGGAGGGACAACGUUGCCACUGAGGGACGGUGAUAGAAAUUUCCGCUAAGAUGAAUGAGUCCUAGGGGGCAGGGGGAAGGGGUACAUUAUAUGUAUAUUUUGGUCCGGAUUUGUACCACCCAUACAGUUGGAUUUUUGCCAACAAAGUUCCUCAACGUAGACACAAUUUUGACGAAAGUUUCCUUUCAAAAGCGGAUUGAAAAUAGCCUCGUCAUUAUUCGCAAUAAAGAGGUUUAUGCGAGUCUUGAUUAUUACAAAUGGGUUUGUUGUAAAAUUGCAGUUUCCAGUAUAAAGACAGUGCACCUCCAUAUCAGAAAUAGCGGAAUAUUUCCUAGAAGUUGCCUUUUCUUUCUGGCUCUUUUCAAAUUACAAGAAUUUCUUAGAAAAAAGGGCGAAUUAUCCAUUCUUUUUCAAUUUUGUAAUAGAAACUAACGUGACUAUAGUAGCCCGAGAAGUAAACUUCUGAAGGUUUUUCUUUACUCAGAAUUCUUGCCUUUCAAGGCACUGCUCCAAUGUUUUUCCUUGAAGACCACGCACAUGAACUGUGAAUUUAUUUUUAGCUUGCUUUCGCAUAAUUAGUCUCAAACGAAUUAUGUUUAGCCUCAAACGUAUCCUCCUCUUCUCCAUUGUCUCCUUGAUACUGAGGCAAAAAGUUAUCAAGUUCAAUACUAUUUGAUAGAAUCGUUUAACCACGGCUGUAGCGGAUAUUAACCCUUAAAAGGGCUUUAAUUGUUUCACUGAGACAAAUCUGGCCGAAUAUUGCGCCUGAAAUACGAUUAAUUUUCGCCUGUUUAGAGGGUGCUGCAGCUCCCCCAGCCCGCAUUUCUCAUACGCCUAUUAGUGUAAAUGAGGCUAAUCGAAUAACCUCAUAGUCAUUUUUGCGAUUUAGGUCGUAUCCUGUGAAAAAAAAGAAUUUAGGCCACUAUCUUACGUCAAACGAUCAUCCUUGUUGCUUAUAUCCUACAACGAGAUUUACAUAAGCUUGUUAAUAUUCCUCAGCAAGCAGGUAUUCUUUACUGUUGUAAAUGAAUCUAUCAGAAAUGGGUGUAAAUAAUAUAAUAGUUUUCAGAAUAAGAUUAAAUUGCAAUUGAUAUAAUAACAGUGACUGUUGAAGACAAUAUAGACUUGCAAUAUUAGAUUAAACAACACGGAGAGUUUGCCUGUAAACUUUAUCCAAUAUUUCGUUGUAUUUCUCAGGGUUAAGAUGGUUUUAUGUAAAAUAUUUGUGUGGUUUCUUUCGCUAUGCAGUUAAAGAUGUCAAUACUUUAAUAAAAUAUGCAACCUCUAUAAGAAA